AUGAGCCUCUUUGAUGUUGAAGGGUUGGUUGUGGCAAGUAGCCAAGGGGAGAUUCUCUAUAAGAAAGUCUUUACAAAGGAUGAGGGAGUUGUGGAGAAGAUUGUGGAAAAGACUGUAAGAGAUAGAGAGAGUAUAGCAGUGUUCCGUGACAGAAUUGUCAUGUGUAAGAGGCUGGACGAGAUACUUUUGAUCAUAUAUUCGCCGAUGGAGGUGAAUGAGGCAUUUGUAGGGCAGGCCUUUGAUGAAUUCGCAGCUGCAUUUGUCGAUGUUGUCAAGACACCAACACAAGAAAGAGUAUGGAAAAAAUACGACCAGAUUGUCCUGCUUGUAGCGGGAUUUCUCUACGAGGGUGUUAUUAUGCUUGGGAAGAGUGACGAGAUGCUUAGUAAGCUACCAAAGAGGAACUUCGAGGGAGUGGACGGAAUAAAGGUUCCAAAAGGAUUUGCUUCCUUUCUCCAUAGGGCGUCUCGAUCUCUUAACAUAGGAAAUAACAAUAAAUAA